AUGACAGCAGUGGCUAGAACAGCAAGCCAAAUCGCGGCCUCGCGCGGUCUCCCAACUGACACAGACACCAACACGCCUCGAUGGCUGGACAAGAGUCCACUCCCUCUCGAUGAAGACGCGAAGAAGCUCUUUGUCGAAUACUCCAAGAUCCCCGAAGACGAGCUAGAGCAGCACCUCAUAGAGGCUCGUAAGCGGGCUUGGGAAUGUUGUCCCUACCCUUGCAUUGGUCAUUGGGUGUUUCUCAAGCUGCAGCUGAGAAAGAAUGCUGAGUUCGACGAGGCUGUGCGCCGCACCCAGCAGGGUCAGAAGCUUCUGGAUAUUGGUUGUGCCAUCGGUCAAGACCUGCGCAGUUUGGCCCACGCCGGAGCUCCCCAAAACAUGCUGUAUGGCAUAGAUCUAGAGGAGCGCUUCUUCGAGGCCGGCAAGUUCCUAUUCCAAGACCCCGACGUGCAGAUCACUUUCCGACAGGCCGACGCGCUGGACCCGGAUGCGCUGCAGGACUGGCACGGGCACUUCUCCAUCAUCACCUGCAGCUACGUACUUCACCUCAUGACCAUGGAAGAACAGGAGAAGCUCGUCGAGGUCAUGCUGAAGCUGCUGAGCGGCGCACCCGACGAUCUGGUCUUUGGCAGGACCGGCGGGACGGAGCCCGAGGGCCGCCACGAGUUCAUCCGCGAGGGUCGCCGGCUCUAUCGACAUUCGACCAAAAGCAUGGAGGAGCUGUGGACCCGCGUGGCGACCAAGUCUGGGAGGAAGGUCGUGGUCGAGUCGUGGAUUGAUCCCGUCCCUCCGCUGCAGGUCAAUCUUCUGGCGGCCAGCGGUGACGUCGAGCCGAUUAGGAACCUCAUCUUUGCUGUCCGACUCUCCUAG